GAGGUCCAAAGCUGCACUUGCUGCCCCCAUUGAGGGACGAGGUGGCAGCGUGAGCUGCGACCGGGUCGCCAAGGAGCCAGGCUAGAGGCACGCAGAGCUGACCUGCCCGGCAUCUGCAGCCCUGUCCUCUGUCCCUCCCAUUGUGUUGGAACUUGAAUAAAAUAUAAAGCAACAAAAAGGACAAAGGAGAACAUUGAAAUUGUGAAAAGAAACCUAAGUAGGUUCUUUUGUUUGCAGAAGGCUCCGUGUUUGGUGCUGCAACAAUGAGUGGGAAAUCCCUUCUCUUAAAGGUCAUCCUCUUGGGUGAUGGCGGAGUUGGGAAAAGCUCACUUAUGAACCGUUAUGUAACCAACAAGUUCGACUCACAGGCUUUUCACACGAUAGGGGUAGAGUUCUUAAAUCGAGAUCUGGAGGUAGAUGGACGCUUUGUGACCCUUCAGAUCUGGGACACUGCGGGGCAAGAACGGUUCAAGAGCCUUAGAACACCAUUCUACAGGGGAGCCGACUGCUGCCUGCUGACCUUCAGUGUGGAUGACCGGCAGAGCUUUGAGAACCUUGGUAACUGGCAAAAAGAAUUCAUCUACUAUGCAGAUGUGAAGGACCCUGAGCAUUUCCCCUUUGUGGUUUUGGGUAAUAAGGUAGACAAAGAGGAUAGGCAAGUGACAACUGAGGAGGCACAAGCCUGGUGCAUGGAGAAUGGAAAUUAUCCUUAUCUAGAAACAAGUGCCAAAGAUGAUACUAAUGUGACAGUGGCCUUUGAAGAAGCUGUUAGGCAGGUGUUAGCUGUAGAGGAGCAGCUGGAACACUGUAUGCUAGGUCACACCAUUGAUUUGAACAGUGGCUCCAAGGCAAGUUCUUCUUGUUGUUAGAUAUAGGGAUUCUUGACAAGUGUGCACUAAGUUGGUCAGUCUGUAGUGUAAAAACUACUGUGCUCUCUGGUAGUAUGCACACACACAUACACACACGCACACACUUGUACAUGGAAACAUGCAUGCGAGUGCACGCACACAGGUGCGUGCACGCACAGACACAUAUACAUGGAAACACGCAUGUGAUUGCAUGCACACAGGUGUGCGUGCAUACACACAUGAAAGUACAUGCAUGCAUGUGAUCC